AUGGAUAUAUUGUUAUCAGAAUCAAACUGUCCUAAUGCCAUUGCAUAUAUCAAUGCUUCACCAUCAAGAUGUCCUCCUGCACCAGGCAGUGACUCGCAACUAUGUUCCGUUGUAGUAACAUAUACUCCUACAAGAGUGGGUUAUCGUUUAACAAAGUAUAACUGUCAAAAAUAUCAGCAGCAACAACAAAACACACAAGGGUCUGUUGGAACUGUAUCACAAGGUCGUGCAACGCAAGCAUCUACCCUGAUUUCACCACCGAGUUUCACAACUUCUGGACAUUUGAGCACAAUUACUAAUCCACCAAAUACGGGAUCACCAAAUACAAUUACUGUCAGUGUACCAAAUCUGAGAGCUAACAUUGGCACAAACCCUCAACAAAUUACACCAAAUCAAGCUUUUACACAGGCUGGUCAACAAAAUCUAAGACCAUCUAUUGGGGCUUCUCAGAACCUUUUCCAAGCUCAACAACCUAUCGGCACAGCUCCAACAAGUACUGGUACACAAGUUGGUGCAACUACAAACGUACAAGUAAACACCGGGUUUCCUGGGUCAACCAUGGGAUUUAAUCCAGGCACAACAAAUGCUGCUGGUAGUAUAAACCUUACUGGUUUAGGACCACGAUUGCCACAAACAAAUCGGUUACAGAACCCCAUUUCGGGGGUAAACAUUGGACCAACAAAUCCAGGAAGUAGUAUCAACCUACGUGGAAUGGGAUCUAUGUUGCCUCAAACAAACCUUCCCCAGAAUGUAAAUUCGAGAGUUGGUGGUUCAGUUCAAACAGGACGAAGCCAAAUUGCAGUACCGGGGCAAAUAAAUUUACCUGGCCAAAUGCAAACUAUAUCAUUGACAGGAACACAGACGCAAUUUACACCUAGAAGUCAACCAACCAAUAAUGCUGGUAUAACAACUGCUGCUGGGAUACCUUUCCAAGCUGCUGGGAUACCUUUCCAACAACCUCAAAUAAACCCCCAGAAUCCAAAUUUUAGAGCAAGUAAUUCAGGUCAAAUGGGACAGGGCCAAAUAGCAGGACAAGGACAAAUUGGUGUGCCUGGCCAAAGACUGGGUGGACCACAAACACAGUUCAUACCAAGAGCUGCUGGUGUAAAUCUCCAACAAACCGGCCAAAUAGAUUCUCAAGUAACGGCUGCUGCUAAUUUUGCAACGAACGCCUACAAUGCUAAGAUCAGACAGCAAUUCUCAACUGAAGAUAAGUGGUACACCUUAAUCGACAUCAGUAACGUCCAAAGACAGAUUAGAUCAGGUUUGUGCAAUGAGUAA